AAACAAACGUUGUGCGUUGAGGUUGUUGUGUUGAGUUGUUCACGGAGCAAGAAAGAAAUAAAUAAAAUAAAUUGUAUUACUAAAACGAUAAAAUGGCUCAAUCAAGAUUUUCAAUAUAUGCUUUGGCAUUAUUUGUUGCUUUUUUCACGAUACCUUCACCGACCACGUUUCCCUUUAAAGAAUUUGAUGUGCCGCCCACGCGUGAAUUGAUUGGAGGACUUAAGCCCAAUAAUUACCUUGAUGGUACGCAGCAUUUACUGGAAGGACGUAUAUAUGGACCAGAGUGUUUAAUUGCACGCAAUGAUGUUAUCUACGCCGGUGUGAAUGGUGGCGAAGUGGUUAAAAUUGUUGGUGACAAAGUAACGCCAAUUUUCAAAAUCGGUGCACCAUGUGUACAUACCUAUGAUGAACCUAUAUGCGGACGUCCGCUAGGCUUGGCAUUCGAUACACAAGGCAAUAAUAUAAUUGUCGCAGAUGCAUACUAUGGCUUGUGGUCAGUUGAUUUGGAUACGUAUAAGAAAACAUUGCUUGUCUCAGCUAAACAACCUUUACCAGGCAAAACUAUAAUACGCAAAGCUAGAGUAUUCAAUGGCGUAGCUGUAGAUAAGAAGGGAGUCAUUUAUUGGACUGAUUCUUCAUCUGAUUAUGGUUUUCAAGAUUUAGUAUUUGCAUCAGUGGUUAAUCCAUCAGGACGUUUGUUCAAGUACGAACGCGCCACUAAUGAGAGUCAAAUCUUACUUGAUGAAAUAUUUUUCGCUAAUGGUGUUGUUCUAAGUCCUAAUGAAGAUUUCUUGGUAGUUGUCGAAACUGGUGCGAUGCGCUUAAUAAAAUAUCAUUUGAAGGGUACUAAUGCCGGACAAAGUGAAGUUUUCGUAGAAGGUUUACCUGGUCAUCCAGAUAAUAUAACACCCGAUGAAACUGGCAUUUGGGUGCCUUUGGUAAUGGCUGUUGAUAAAGAGCAUCCUUCUGGUUUUGCGCUAUUUUCAAAUUAUCCUAAAGUACGCAUGUUGCUGAUACGCUUACUGAGCUUUUUGGAGGUACCUUUCCGUUUCAUUAACAGCUUCUUGCCAAAUAGUAUAUCCAAGAAAGCGAUACAUUUUAUUGGCAAUGGUGAGAGUAUUCUGAUGUUGGCACCAAAACGUACGACUGUUGUGCGUGUUGAUUGGGAGGGAAACAUCGUCGACGCUUUGCAUGGCUUUGAUCAGUCGAUUGGUGCCAUUUCACAUGUAUUGCAUCACAAGAACUAUUAUAUAUUUGGUUCACCUUAUAAUCGCUACAUUGGCCGUGUAAAAGCGAAAAACUCUAUUAUUGAAUUAAAUCAAUAAUAAUAAUAAUAAUAAUUGUAAUAAUUUAAAAUAACAACCUUAAACGUUUUAAAGUUUAAGUAGUGUAAUUAUACUAAGGUCAGCUAUAUUCUUUAUAUUAUGACAUAUGGAUCCAAUUAGCUGUGUUCCUUUUUUUAAUAUUUUUAUAUGAUUUGUUUAUUACACUUUAUACAUUAAAAAAAUUUGAAUGUAAAUAUUAAUUGUAUAUAAAUAUAAAGAUUUAUGUGG